GUAAGGGGAAUGACAAAUAAGUGAAUAUGUUUCGUGGGGGUUAUGAGACACGUUUAUGGAUGAGCGUCAGUCGCAGCGCCGGGAGCGACUGGUGCUUCGGUGCCACCCGCUCUGGAUGUUUGUGACAACACGAUGUCACGUCGCCAUGAUUUGGGCUCAACCUACUUUCUCCAAGCAGCAGAGCAGGCUUCAGCGAUCCUCCUCCUCCUCCCCCUGUUGAAUAUUUGAUGCCGUCUUUGGUGCACACAGCAGCAGUUUCAUGCGUAGAUAGGACAAUAACAAAAAUUAAAAAAAAAAAAAAUGUACCAGCAGCUGUUAGAAGAGAUACGGAACCACACGGGGGCUUUCCCGACAUAUUGUGUCUAGCGGGCAAAAGUGGAUUUCGGAUGUUUCUCUUUGGUGCGUUUACAGCCGCCAUCGCCAUAGCGACGCCUCGGAGUGUGUUCAUAUAUAGGUCAGCGGCUCUGCGGGCCUCCCACUACCACAACAACAACAACAAAAAAACCCGGAGUAGAUUUUACAGGCUGCUUGUGUGGUCUGGCUCUGGUUUCUUCCAACAAGUCGUGCGCCAUGCCGCCCAUCACCUUCCAGGAUCUGCCCCUCAACAUUUACAUGGUCAUCUUCGGCACGGGCAUCUUCGUCUUCGUCCUCAGCCUCAUCUUCUGCUGUUACUUCAUCAGCAAACUUCGCCACCAGGCCCAAAGUGAGCGCUUUGGAUACAGAGAGGUGGUUUUAAAAGCAGAUUCGAAGAGAGUCAACAUGCACGGGCAGACGUGCGCCGUGUGUCUGGAGGACUUCAAGAUCAAAGACGAGCUGGGGGUGUUGCCAUGCCAACACGCUUUCCAUCGCAAGUGUCUUGUGAAGUGGCUGGAGGUGCGCUGCGUCUGCCCCAUGUGCAACAAGCCCAUCGCGCCCCCGCCCGAGCAGCACCACAGCAUCGGCACCCUGCUGGACGAACUGGUGUAGCCCCGCAAACCCUCGGGACGAGGGGAUCGGCGACGCCGCGACGGCGCCUCGGGCCGGCCGAGCGCCCGGAGAAAGCCUCCCGGCGAGGGAUGCCGUUGCCCGGCAACCGCCCCCGAGACGGCCAACGGGGCCGCGCCUUCUGAUGCGGCGAUGAUGCGCGGCCACCCGCACGUCCCCGCGCCGCUCUUCUUUCUCCAUCCUCCACUCGCACAUCCUCACAUCUUGCCUCCGGUUCAGGUCAAAAGCUUUUUGCUGUUGUUGUUGUUGUUGUUUUCUUGACCAACUCGAUGCUACGAGACUUCCGUGAAAACGGCGAGACGGUCGCACAAGCCUGUUCUGAUCUCGACAUGCUGUGAAAAAGAAGAACAAAGCGCUGUAGCAAGGACGGACUGUGCAGUAUUUGAUCAGAUGCGCACGGAGACGGCGUUCCGUCGAAACCGCGUCACAAGUUUUGUUUUACUUGCACGCAAACAAAUGCGGGAUUGUUUCCAUUUAAUGGGCUUAAUUCAGACGGAAGUUCCUCAACUCAAGUACAAAAAAUAUGCCCGAAUCGGUGAAAUUUGCAGAUGCCAAACUAUCAAUAUUUGGGGGACACUCUAGUAUUUUUUUUUUUUAAAUAAAAUAUUAAACGGACCAAAUUUAGACAGGUUUCCACUCGACAGUGACCAAAUGUACUAUUAAUUAAAUGGUAAAGUUUAAAGUUAAAAAAUACUGACAAGCAGCCAAUCAAUAAAGUUGUUUUAUUAAUUAUUUUUGAUCAUGUGGUAAAUCUAAUGGAAAAAUAUAUACUUCUAAUGAAACUACAAUUUUAUAUUCUAAAAUUGUAUUUGAUUACAGCAUCUAAAUCCAAAAAAAUAUAUCAAUCUUAUCAUUGUUAAAUUGAAAAGAAAUUUAAAAAAGAGAAUUUCCUUCUCCAGCCCACACCCCUUAAAUCGAAUAUGAUUCCCCACCCCUCAUCUAGUUGUUUUAUUAUUUGUGAUUUUUAUUUUAAUGUCACCUACAUUCCCCUUUCAUGACAUCAACACCAUCUAAUGAGAUCACAUAUGCAAGAUCUAUAUUAAAAUAAAAUGAAAAAAUCCAUCUUUACAAAGAUAAUAACGACCAGCUUAACGAUAUGUUUAUUAUUCUGAUCGGAGAUCAUAUCGUGAGGUGUUUCUAACAUUUUGAAAAAUAUUUUUACAAAAAAAAAUGUAUUCAGCGUGAAACGGGGCACUUUAUACUUUAUGUUAUAAUAGAAAAUAUCAUCAAAUCGCUGCUAAUCUGUUCCGGCUCUUGGAUUGGAUCUCAGUAGAUUGUGCAGGUGUGCCUCACGAAGUGUCCUGUGAAAGCAAAAAAUAAAUGAAUAAAUAAAAAAAAUCAAAAAAAAAAAAAUCACUUUAUAAAGGAAAGAUGCACCGGUCACAUUCUUACUGUUGCUUCUGGAUUUGGACAUCCUUCAGCAAAACACUGCCGAAACUGAGCACAAGUGUCACAAAACAACAGUCAAUUAGUACUAAAAUAAAUAAAUAAAU